CCCCGAGUCGGCUGGACAAGAUGUAUCCGUAAUACGAUCUAUGAACUUUCAAGAUAAGUACGAACGGUCACAGUCAAAAAGAGCAAAUCCAAGCAGACCAUCAACACACUGGACAAGCACAAGGCGCAAGCACCGUGAAGACCUCCCACAAUGAGCGACUCAACUCGACGCACUUCUUCCACAAUUAGAUCAAGCUCGCAAGGUGAUUGCAGAUAUUCAGCUGCCCUCACCUCCACAUCUAAGCCGGGCGCCGACACAACUCUCACCUCCCUGAUGCGCACCCGUCACUCAGCCCGCGCCUUCCUCCCCACUCCCGUACCUCACUCCCUUCUCCAAGAAGUCCUCCAGCUCGCCCAACAAACAGCAUCAAACUCCAACUGCCAACCGUGGCACGUCAAAAUUCUCACCGGCGGCGCGCUUCAGCGCCUCUCUUCUGCCCUGCUCGACGCAGUCAAAGCCGGCGUUGAGCCGACUACAGAGCCAAUUCCAGAGCCCUACGACCACUACCGCUCAGAAUCUGGGCACCUGUUGUACGGGCCUGAUGGAUACGAUAUCGCAAGAGAAGACAAGGGAGCCGCGGAGACCGCGCUGCUUCGGAAUUACGCUUUCUUCAAUGCGCCGGUUGGUUUGUUUUUUUGCAUGGAUAAGAGCCUGGCAGAUGUCGAUCUGAUGUGUGUGGGUAUGUACAUGCAGAGUCUUUCCUUACUGUUGGCGGAGCGCGGGGUGGCGUGUUGUUGGCAGGUCAGUGUCGCUGGGUAUCCUAAUGUGGUACGAACAGAGCUGAAGAUUGGGGAUGAGAUGCUUAUUUUGAGUGGUGGGGCGAUGGGAUAUGAGGAUCUGGGAGCGAGGCCAAACGGAUUUAGGACUGCAAGGGAUGCUUGGAGGGAACAUGUCAGCUUCUUCGAGUAGAUGGAUACGUCUUAGAAAGAGUAUAUGUGUGGGAGAGCAUGAAUGGUUUCUACUUCUGUGGAAGCUGAGUAGUCUCUGAUCGUUGAUCAAGUGUGAAGAAA